AUGAAGAGAGUAAUUAGUAUCUUUUCUAAGCUGAUUAAGUCUAAGUACAAGGGUGACUGUAAUGUCAGUUUUCUUGUGGAGCAAUUUAUAUUGCAGAACUAUGUCAACAUGGCUAUCAGUAUUCAGAACGAAAUUGAUCUUAUUCAGCCCAAGUCGUAUGGUAGAGAAAGUUAUAUGAAUCUUCCUAAUAAUUCUAGUGGUGCACACAACCAUAACAUAAUUGUUUACAGCUGGCUUGUUGGUGCAGUGAUAUUCUUCUUCCAGCAUAAGAAUUCACUUGGCUAUCUUUGUUUCCUUGCUUUUGUUGAAGUAAUGAAGGAACAUGACGCAACUGCCCACAACUCAUCUGUACCAAUUAUCAAACAGCAGCUACAAAACAGCUCAACAGGUUGCUAA